AUGUCUCCCACAUGCUUGCUAGUAUUGUUGCUUGGAAUGGUGGUUCUCACCAUUACUCCAUCUCUUGCUCAUUACCCCAAGCCUCCGCCAUUUCAGAAGCCACCUCCGGUGGAGAAGCCACCUCCAGAACCCAAGCCACCAACAAAACCUCCCAAGGGAGAGAAGCCACUCCCAGAACAUAAGCCGCCAACUCCAAUAUGCAAACCUCCCAAGGGAGAGAAGCCACCCCCAGAACAUAAGCCGCCAACCCCAAUUGGCAAACCUCCCAAGGGAGAGAAGCCACUCCCAGAACAUAAGCCACCAACUCCAAUUGGAAAACCUCCCAAGGGAGAGAAGCCACUCCCAGAACAUAAGCCACCAACCCCAAUUGGCAAACCUCCCAAGGGAGAGAAACCACUCCCAGAACACAAGCCACCAACCCCAAUUGGUAAACCUCCUAAGGGAGAGAAGCCACCAAGCCCAUUUGGCAAACCACCUACGGGAGAGAAGCCACCACAUUAUGGUCACACCCCCGGGCAUCCUCCUGCACGCUCAUACAAGCCGCCUCAGAAAAUAAAGCCUCCUCCAACUCCUCCCCACAAGCCACCCCACAAACCACCAUCUCCCACCUAUCCCAACUGAGUGAAUUUGGUUAUUACGAGUGGUGGUAUAUAUGUGAAAAAUAAGAGCUGCAGCGCACUGGUCUUGUCCUUUCCUCUGAGUGGAUAGUGUUCUAUGUAUGAGUCUCUACGACGCCCUGUUGGCAAUUGCUAUCAGUUAUUCAUGGAAGUUCUUGUAUGCUUGUAGGUGAUCAUGAACAAUGUAACACUGCUUAUUCUAAUUCUAUUUUAUGGAG